GGGACUUUAAAGCGGCGUGACUGGAUCUGGACCUCGUCGCUGUCCCCACAACAGCCGCAGCCUUCCUCCCUCGGUCAGUCCACACCGCUGCAGCCAUGGCAGGCGUCUGAGAUGUGCCUGCCAUGCUGCAAUACCCCAUGUCAAGUGCCACAUGACAAGGUUUCAGGUCUUCACCAAAAUACAAUCACGAGUGGCGUGCGCACUGGCCAAUAGCGUGGGAAGGACUUGGCUCUGCGAACCAAUCAGUCAUGAUCCCCGCCGCGGCCUGCGGUGUGGCUCGGUGCGUAAGUGUCAGCCUCGGCCUGCCUUGCUUGGCUCUGGCUGGGAAGGACACAAGGCGGGGAGGGAAUGGUGUAGGAGACGAGAAGCCGCGUAACCGAAGCCAGCCCCGAGGGAAUGUAAAAGUUUAGGACCGAAAAAUCAUCCACAAGACGCCGUGUCUGCGUGCCUCGAGACUUAGCACGUCACCUGGUUUCUCAUGGAAGCAGAUGGAUUUGUGAGGAGGCGUCGGAUGACAGCGGAGACUACAGGCGGUGAUCCCGGGGUUGCUGGUGCCUCUGCAGGCGCAGAAGUUCGAUGGCUGGGGGGCAGAUUCUGGGGAGUUUCGGAAAGUAUCGUGGGAAGCCUGACACCCCGGAUCGGAGGAGAGACAGAACUACAGACUGUUGAUUUUAUCCGUAGCGCACAAGAUGCAGAAACAGAGGACUCUGAACCAGACUAUGAGGGUUUGCCACAGGGAGCUUCCACUAGCACCCACAUGUUGGCUGGAGCCGUGGCCGGGAUCAUGGAGCACUGCCUCAUGUUCCCCAUCGACUGUGUCAAGACACGAAUGCAGAGCCUCCAGCCCGACCCCGCAGCCCGCUACAGGAACGUAAUGGAUGCUCUUCGCCGAAUUGUAACCACAGAGGGAGUCUGGCGGCCAAUGAGAGGGCUCAAUGCGACAGCAGUCGGGGCAGGACCUGCCCAUGCCCUCUAUUUUGCCAGCUAUGAGAAACUCAAAAAGACUCUAAGUGAUGUCAUUCACCCAGGGGCUAACAGUCAUUUGGCUAAUGGAGCAGCUGGGUGUGUGGCCACACUGCUUCAUGAUGCAGCCAUGAACCCAGCUGAAGUUGUGAAGCAGCGCAUGCAGAUGUAUAAUUCGCCCUACCGUGGCGUGUUGGACUGUGUACGCGCCAUAUGGCAGAAAGAGGGCCCUGCUGCAUUCUAUCGCAGCUACACCACCCAGCUCACCAUGAACGUGCCCUUCCAGGCGCUCCACUUCAUGACCUAUGAGUACCUUCAGGAGUUGCUCAACCCCCGCAGACAGUACAAUCCCUCGUCCCACAUGUUGUCCGGAGCUUUGGCCGGAGCCAUCGCAGCUGCAGCCACCACACCUCUAGACGUCUGCAAGACCCUGCUCAACACCCAGGAGUCCCUAACCCUCAGCUCCCUGUCUUCUGGCCAAGGCCCCGGCCAAGGCCAAGGAGCCCACAGACACAUCACAGGCCUGGCCCAUGCCUUCCGGACAGUUUACAGGCUGGGUGGCCUGCAGGGCUUCUUCAAGGGGGUCCAGGCAAGGGUCAUCUACCAGAUGCCCUCCACGGCCAUCAGCUGGUCGGUGUACGAGUUCUUCAAGUAUGGACUCACCAAGCACCAGCACAACAAGAGGAGAAAGCAGCACAUGGAGGCUGAGAUGUAGAUAUCUCCUUGAUUUAGUCUCCUCUAAUAAUGCUGUGCCCUCCCUGUGAGGAGAAGAUGAAGUCAAUACGCACAUAGAAUCUGACUAAAAUCCACCUCAGAUGCCCCAUCCCUUUCAGACAUAGCAGAUAAGACAUCUUCAAAGACAGCUCGAGUAGUUAUAUUUCGGCUACACUUUUUCAAGACUAGGUAUGGUUUGAGUUACGUUGUUUCUCUCUUCUAGGAAAAAGCAUUUACAAAGUGUUAUAGAACUAGUUUAAUCUGGAGACCUUUUUUAAGCCAUGCUGGUGGCCACUACAUUUUCCAAGCUUAGGAUAAAUUUGAGGAACGCACAAGUUUUCAGUUGGAAAGGUAGUCAGCAGAGGGCAGUAGUGUUUCUUUGUUAAUUCUUGUAGUUUCAUAAGCUUUGCUGUCAUAGGACCAGAUUUUUAUUUUCACCCAUUCAAACU